AUGCAAUCCCAGUCCGACUGGCCCCCGGUGCCCGACGACACCCUGCGGGCUUCGCCCUUCGCGUAUCCUGUACUGCACGCCCUCCAUAGCAUGGCCCGCGUGCUGCUCUUCCCGACCUACUGGGCUCUAGACCAGUUGAUUGGCUGCUGGGCACCAACAGCGCGCCCCAACAAGCUGAAAGCAGUAGCUGUCGGCGGGGUGGCGCUGCUGCUACUCCUGCUGGUCGGCCUGCCGCUGGCGCUGCCCGGCUUGCUGCUCUGGCUGCCACUGCAAGCCUGCCGGCGCCCCUUCUGCUACCAGCCCCCUCCUCCAUGCUGGGUGCCGCCCACGCCCUGGCGCCCGUGUGCUGAGUUUGCGCGCUGCUUUGUCUUCCUCACUGCCAACCUGUGCCUGCUCCCCGACGGGCUGGCGCGUUUCAGCAACCUGCCGCACAGCCAGCAACGCGCCGAGGCCAUUGGCACUGCUCUGCUAAACGGCCUACGACCCUCGCUCUACGGAGCUACCGGCUGCGGCCCGCAGAGGCCUGGGACGCCAGGCGGGGUGUUGAUGGCCCAAAUGCCCGCGGCGCUGGACUUUGUGUGCCUGCAGGAGGUGUUCGAUAUCCGCGCAGCUCAACGCCUGGUGCGUCGCCUUGCUCCGAAUCUGGGCCCAGUGCUAUACGACGUGGGCACACUUGGCCUACAACCUGGGCCAUACUUAAAACUGCUGGGCAGCGGGCUCCUGCUGGCUUCGCGCUACCCGCUUUUGCGUGCCACCUUCCAUUGUUUCCCCAAUGCGCGGGGCGAGGAUGCAUUUGCCUCCAAAGGUCUACUGUCCGCUCAGGCGCAACUGGGCAUCCUGGACGGGCAACGCGUGGUGGGAUUCCUGCAUUGCACACACUUGCAUGCACCCACUGAGGAUGGGCUCUUGCGCUACAAACAGCUGACGCUGCUGCUGGACUGGGCAGAGCAGUUUGAGGCCGAGAGCCGCCAGAGUGGAGAGGCUGUGGCCUUCAGCGUACUUCUGGGUGACUUAAAUUUUGACAAUUGCUCAAAAGACCAUGCACAGGAGCAGGGGCACAAACUCUUCCGCUGUUUCCGGGACCCCUGCCGGCUGAGCACACGCCAGGAUCAGCCUUGGGCCCUGGGAACUAUCCUGAGCACUUCCACCCUCCACCAAUCAGUAGCUAGCUCCCCGGAGAUGCUGCGGAGGGCCUUGGAGCAGGAGAAAGGGCGUCACCUCUACCUGGCAGGCCCUCCCCUCGGAGGCCGCCGGACUAACCCCUGGCAGGGACGGCGCCUGGAUUAUAUCACCUACCGGGGAGUGCCUGGGAGCCUGCUGAGUCCAGAAGUGGAACAGGUGAUGUUCAGUACUGCCCUGGCGGGGCUCACGGACCACCUGACCGUGGGCCUGCAGCUCCGAGUUUCCGUACUCUCCUGACCUGGCACAAAGGAUGCUGCCGGCAACAGAUCACGAGGCAGAGCAGGAGUGUGGCCUGACAGCCGUGUCCCACAACUGGGCGAUGUAAGGGAUCUUUAUUGUGGGGCCCCUCACACAGCCUCCUGGGCCCGGCGGUAUUCAUAGACACUACCCCGCUCUGGGAAGGCAGGGGAUUGUGGGGGCGAGCCCUGCAAUGGUGGGGCGUCCUCCGGGUUCCCGUAGCCGCCACCUCCAGGCGUAUGAAGGCAGAACACAUCCUGUGGAGAGGGGCAGGUUCAGUGCAGGCUUGGUGCCUCCCCAGCUCAGGAAGCAUUCCCAUCUUUCCCUCUGGACC